CCGCCAAUCUCAUUCUCUCUGCCGUUUCUGCCACUACUACCGACCGCCAUGGCUGCUUCCGAUGACUACACAGACACCAUGAACUUAAAAAUCGCAGAGCUAAUGAAGGAAGUCCAGCUCGAUUACUCUUCUACAACUACUAAAACCGUCAACGAUGCCAUUUCAUCUAUCAAAAAACGCAUCAAUAAAAUCCCUGAAGAUAUACAGGUUAAGGCCGAUUUGGCUCCGAAAUUUAUUAAAGAUAUUGGUGCAGACAAGGUCGAAUUCAAGUUCAAAAGGCCUACAUCGAUUAAUAUUGGUGGAAGCUAUUCGAUUCAAUGUAUCGUGAAGCCUGAUGUAAAUGUUGAUCUUUACAUUCGGUUGCCGAAGGAGUGCUUUCAUGAGAAAGACUUCUUGAAUCAUAGGUACCAUGGCAAAAGAUACCUGUAUCUUUGCAUAAUCAAGAAAUAUUUGGAAUCUUCUUCCAUAGCUCAAAAAGUAGAAUGGGCCUUCUUUCAAAAUGAAGCCAGAAAACCUAUUCUUGUUGUCUAUCCUGCUGUGAAGUCUACUGGAAUUCCAGGGUUUUCUGUAAGGUUGAUUCCAACAGCUGAAUCCCUUUUUAAUGUCCAAAAGUUAAACAUAGAGCGCAACAAUCUUCAUGUUUUGAGCCAAGGCGAUUCUGAAGCUACUCCUGUGUACAACAACAGUAUAUUAGAGGACAUGUUUAUAGAACAUGGUGCAGAGUUUGUCAGCAAGGCUUUCAACGGAUGGAAAGCUUUAGGAGAGGCUUUAGUUUUGCUAAAAGUGUGGGCCCGACAGAGAAGUUCUCUACACACUUAUGACUCCUUAAAUGGCUACCUUAUCUCAAUCUUAGUAGCAUACCUUGCCUCAGAAUCUGGUAAAUUUCGCAUUAACGAAGCAAUGACAACAAUUCAGAUCUUUCGUAUCACAUUGGACUUUAUGGCCACCUCUAAGUUAUGGGGCACUGGGAUUUUCUUCAAGCCUCAAGGAGGAGAUGAUAUGUCAAAGGAGGAAAGGAAGAGAUAUGUACAGUAUUUUCCUGCAGUUAUAUGUGAUUUAUCAGCUCAUUUCAAUCUAGCGUACCGCAUGACAAAGAGUGGUUUGAUUGAGCUUCAAGAGGAGGCUGCUUUGGCACUCAAAAUGUAUUGA